AUGCCUAGCAUCGAAAUCCAUUUUGACCAGGCGGGUCAGAACGAAUAUGAGCCCCCCAAUGCCAACCCUCUUCCCGGCCCCAUCACCGAGGCUGCCCUGGGAAACACUUCCCUGUGGACUGCCUCUGGCGAAUUGGCCAUUUUGCUUGUGAAUCCGACUCGUCUCUCAACUACGUCCCCCACGUUCAAGUACCAGUCGUUCUACAAGGAACUCAUGUCGGAGCUCAACGUUGUCGCCACCGGUCCCGAGAACAACGAGUCUGCCAUUGAAGAGAUUGUGGCCAAGAUUCUCUCCCAGGCCAAGACCGAGUUCUACGAAAAGUGCCCCUCGUCGCUUCAUUUUUUCAACGCGUGGGCAUUCAGGGUGUCUAAGGACAUUGAGGCUACAGAAACGGGAGCUGACGUGUUUCAUCGUCUUCUGAGCUGCACGAACCCUUUUCCUGAGCCUGGUGAGAACUUGGACCGACUCCUUGAAAUUAGUGAGGCGUUUGGCUGUGCCUACACUACUGUCAUGAUGGCGUUUGGGCUUUAUCCUGGGUACCGCCCCAAGGCCGAGAUGUUGAAGAUCAUGGACCGGCUGGACGACGUCGUUGCUGCAGUCCAGCCGCUCUCGCCUGGGUACAUGGCCGAGAAGCACCUUCUUGAACGCAUGGUUCAUUUCGCCAUCACCGUGCGGACCAUGCGGAUUGCCUCAGGUGGUAACGGCACUGGAAUCCCGCGAGUCGCGUUUCCAUCCCCGUCGGAGGUGGCCAUGGCUGUGCACUGGUGCCUGGAUCAGCUCCCAGAUGAUAUCCAGCAGCCCAUGCAGGAGGUGGGUCAGAAUCUUUCGACCGCAACCAGCCAGCCGCAUAUUCAGCUACUUGCAGUCACGGCUUCUGCUCUGCAGGAGGCUGUGACAUCCAGAAAAGAGCAGCAGCCACAGAUUCUGCCCCAGUUUACUCAAGUCUCGGAAUCAUUUGCUCAAUGCGAUGAGGUACUUGAUCUGGUCGGAAAAAGCAACAGAAUCUACGAAAAGUUCGUUUCCAUUUACAAGAACACCCAUGGAAACCACAACAUGAACCACAUGAACAUCUUGUACAUGCUUUUGAAGCAGCAUGAAGAUCUCGUGUACAAGCUCCUCAAGCACGGUGAAGGAUCGCAGGCUCGUAUUAGUACGGCACCGAAGCUUGACUCGGAAAACCAAGAUGGCAAGCUUGAGGCAGAUUCCUUCUAUCAGAUGCACCAUCAGGUGCUGAAGCAUGCCUACAAUAUGCGCCAGGAAGGUGCCUUUUUCUCGUACGACGCCUAUCUUGCGGCGUACCAUGCGGCUGAGUAUGCAGGCCAGCAGCAGAAGAAACUAGAGGCCGUCUUCCAGCGGUUUGCCGAGGGUCAGAAGCUUGCUGUUAUGCAAUUCCGAGAGAACCAGAAGCCCCACACCCCGAACGAGGCUCAUAAAAUGCAGAAUGCAACCCAGGCUUCCCUGAUCUUGGACGAAGAGCAGUCCAACAGCAACUGGCUAACUUCGGAUGAGCUCGACCAUCUCCUUGAUCACCAGGAAUGGCUUCGAUCUUACAUGGGACUAGAGCUGCGCGUGGAGCGACUGCUCAGGGAUGACGUUGCCAUGCCUGACAUGGUAUAA